AUGAUCCCGAGCUCUGGCACACACCCGAUCUCAAAUGCUGCUGCUUACAUCGAAGGAUCGAGUCACUCAAAGCUUGGCCCAAAUUUUUAUCAAGAAAAGUGUGUCCACAAGCCCGCCCUAUCCGCAGAUCCUGCGUCCUUUGAACGUCUCUACAAAAAUCAAAAUACAAGGGAGUUCGCCCCCGCAACACUGUACGCUGAUGAAAGACAGUCUCACAAUGAUGACCAGCACGCUCUUAGGUUUGCAGAGCCAAUGCUUGAUACGUGGGGUAAGUGUAUCGAGCCCACUAUCUCUGGAUAUACUUCAAGUGCUGGAAGGACAGAACAUUCCUCACUGGAUCCCUUGAUGCAAACAGGAGCCAGGAAUCCAUAUCAAGAAGUCCAAGCCAAUCCUGAAAAUGUCGGAGUGAUGUGGAAUCCUCAGUACAGUGACUAUAGUCAUUCGAGUCCAAGGUUUCUGGAAGACCCUAGUCACGCGAUGUCUGAGCAUGUGGUAAUGUUGCCAGACGAGCAGAUUGGAUCUCUGCAAAACAUGGGCAGUCCCUCUCAUUUUGGUGGAAUUACCCCACAGGGUAAUCAAGGUCAUGCUCUUCCACAGCAGAGGACGGAUACUAAUUCCCACUUUCCUGGGAAGUAUCUCAUAAAUGACGAGGAUGUUAUUUGCGACCGACAGGGCUAUGAUCCCAGUGAGGAGCCUGCCGAAUUGAAUGCCUAUCCAAAACCCACCCGCCAGAGAUACGACGCGGCAGAUCCCGUUGGAAACCCUCAUCAUUGGUCGCAGAAAUCCAAAGUCGCACCAAUACCUUGUUCUCUUUCUUCAAUUGGUAAAGGCAAGCCCUCGAAUUCUUCCAAUGGCAGUUCAUUAGAGGAAAAUUUCCUUCCCAAGCCACAGGCCGCCCUGUCAAAGGACUGGCAGCAGGACGAACUUUCGGCUUCUCAAGAGGGUCUCAAAAGACAAAAGUCGAAGACAAGCCAGCCUCCAGUGAGACGCCAAUUGACUCCAAAUGGAAAGAAGGAGGCUUCCAUGAAGCGUCAGCUGGGAACUGUGUGUGAUCAUCACCGCAAGACUAAGACGAAAUGUAUUUGCUACUCGCGAGAGACGUUGCAAGAGCAGUGUAAAAGACUCCACGACAAUGUGAGCCAAUCUUUAUUCUUAGUGCAUCCGAGAGCAAUCUGA